GCGGUGACCAGGCGGGAGGGCGGGGAGGCGGGCCUAGCGAGGUUCGGCCCCGCCCCGCCUCCUCUGAGCCUCACCCUAGCCUCCGCGGGCCCCGGCUUGCCGUCCCGCAGAAUGGGGAGACUAACCGUCGCGGACCCUGUUCCCGCAGCCCACCCAUGUCCGGCAGCAAGCUGCCUGUGGGCGUUUGCCCAGACAUGUGCCCGGCAGCCGAGCGCGCCCAGCGCGAAAGGGAGCGCCGCCUUCAUCGCUUCGAGGUGGCGAAGGGGUGGCCCGGGGACCCGCCCCGCGCGGACCCGCAGCGCACGGUAAAGGAGUACAAUCGGCCGGCCGCAGGCAAGCCCCGCCCGCCGCCGAGCCAGCUGCGUCCGCCCUCGGUGCUGCUGGCCACCGUGCGCUACCUGGCCAGCGAGGUGGCCGAGAGCCCCGACGCACCCCUCGCGGAAGUGGCCAGCUUCGUGGCUGAUCGCUUGCGCGCGGUGCGGCUGGAUCUGGUCCUACAGAGCGCGGGCGACGCCGAGGCGGCAGUGGUACUAGAGGCUGCGCUGGCCACGCUGUUGGCGGUGGUGGCUCGGCUCCCGCCGGUGGAGGCGCAAGGGCCGGUGGACCCCGUGCUGCUGCAGACCCAGGUACAGGAGAGCUUCGGCUCGCUGCGGCGCUGCUACGCGAAGAGCACAGGGCUGCACCCCCGACAGGCCGCCUUCCAGGGACUCUUUCUGCUCUAUAACUUGGGCUCUGUGGAGGCACUGCACGAAGUCCUGCAGUUGCCCGCUGCCCUUCGUGCCUGCCCACCCCUGCGCACGGCCUUGGCCAUUGACUCCGCCUUCCGGGAGGGCAACGCAGCCCGCCUUUUCCGCCUGCUUCGGACCCUGCCCUACCUGCAGAGCUGUGCGGUGCAGGGCCACGUGGGCUACGCCCGUCGUGCAGCCCUGGCCCGCCUGGCUCGUGCCCUGAGUACCCCCAAGGGACAGACUUUGCCUUUGGACUUCAUGGUUCAUCUGCUGGCCUUGGAUGGACCCCACGAAGCACGGGACCUGUGCCAGGCCCACGGGCUGCCCUUGGAUGGAGAGGAGAGAGUCGUGUUCCUGAGGGGUUGCUAUACUGAGAAAGGGCUGCCACCUGCUGGUUCCUGCAAUGUGUUAGUGGGGAGUAAGCUCCAAGGGCGCACCCUGGAGGAGGUGGUCAUGGCAGAGGAGGAAGAAGCUGUGCUCGAACCUUCCUAGUCCUUCAUCAGGACCCAGCAUUAGGGGAAAUGCCAUCUCCAGAACCUCAGGACCGGGUCAGAGCACGUAGGUGACUUUUCUCAUGAUUCCCGAACAAUAAAAGGAACUUUCUUUUCGGGACCAAUUACUGGACUUCAUUUAUUUGGGGUUGCAUAGAGAGGAUACUUCAAGGGUGUGACAGAAAGGAAAACAGAUUGGGCAUGGCCCUGUCUACCUGGACCUGUGUGUGCCUACAAGUCCCUGAGGGGUGGCCUUGCUGAUCUGAAUUGGCCUCUAAGAUUGACACUAUGCGCCCCGCACUCACCAACCCACCAAAGCCAAUAGUUGGUGAUUUUUCAUCCCCCGUCAGCACUGCUGGCCAUUCUGCUGACCAGAUCCAGGAAGGAGAUUGUCAUUGGGACUCACCACUCCUCUCAAGCGACCACACUGGAGGAACCCCCAACUGUUGCCUCAAGCUUGAGAGGGUUCUGUUUUUAUACCUACUCCUGACCGUGGGGAAGACUGAGACACCCCCCAGGAAGACAGGUGGGAGAGGGUUAGGAGAAGGGAGAGCAGAGGAGUACAGGCUGGGGUUAGAGGUCAGCCACAGGCCUCAGGGUGGCUGCUGCGCCCUCCAAAGCUGCCACCACGAUGCUGAGCUGUCUCUGCACCUCAGCCCAAGCCUCAGAUCCGGCGUUUGCGUCGUUGGCCUGGUAGCAGGCAUUGGCCAGGCCAGGGAAUGUGGCAACAGAGCUGGAGCGGGGGGCCCAGAGCACAUGGCUGGUGGAAAAUGGGCAGGCUCGGGGUCAGCAGAGGGCUCAGCCUGGAGCUCACUCAUUGCUCUACACAGCCAGCACAGAGCCUCCGCCCUACUCCUGUCUGAAACCUGGAAUGUACAGCUAUCGUGGUGGGAAGACAGGUAGGUUCAAGUCCCUGGUGAGACUGAUUUGCCUCCCCUCCCUAAGACUCACUUCCCCCCUGCCUUGGACUGAAUUGUGCUCCAAAGCAGCAAAGCUGUCAU